AUGUACUGCAUCAUCACCCCAAUGCUGAACCCCCUCAUCUACAGCCUCCGGAACAAAGAGGUCAAAGGUGCUCUGAAGAAGGUUCUGGAAAGUCAGAGGAAGGUCUACAUGGGGUCAUGGAGACAGAGAAUCCCCCAGGACCCCAGGGCAAGAAAAGAAUUCUCAUCUCCAGGUGCUGUCAGCCUUGUACACCUCUGGCUGCAGAGAGACCUGCCCCACGGCAUCGGCAACGUCAAGGUGAGUUCUGAAAUCUCAAUGGGAGUGAGGAAUCAGACGCAAGUAGUGGAAUUUGUCUUCCUGGGUUUCUCUAACAUUCCGAACAGCCACAUCUACCUCUUCCUGCCGUUCCUAGCCAUUUACUUGGUCACUGUUCUGGGGAACCUCAUGAUAUUUACUCUGAUUCAACUGGAUUCCAGCCUCCAGAGCCCCAUGUACUACUUCCUCAGCCAUCUCGCCUGCCUAGACAUCUGCAUCUCCUCCGUCACAGUCCCCAAGAUCCUGGUGAACUUCUUGUACCAGCGACAGACUAUCACCUACAACCAGUGCCUGGCCCAGAUGUUUUUCCUGCUCUCUUUCACGGGGACAGAGGAUACGUUGCUGGCAGUCAUGGCCUAUGACCGUUAUGCUGCCAUCUGCAAGCCUUUGCAUUACUCCCGCCUCAUGAACACCAAGGUGUGCGCCACAUUAGCCUUUUCUACCUGGAUCUGGGGCUUCCUAAACGCUGCUCCCCAUACAGCUCUCAGCUCCAGGUUGCAGUUUUGCGGAGUCAACCAGAUUCAUCACAUUUUCUGCGAUAUCCCUCCGCUGAUGAAAAUUUCUUGCAAUGAUGUGCAUAUCAAUGUACUGGCAGCCCACAUAGCAAGCGUAUUUGUGGGCAUGCCCCCCUUCCUGUUCACUAUCCUCUCAUACAACUUCAUCCUUUCCUCCAUCUUGAAGAUCCGUUCCACCACUGGCAAAUGCAAAGCUUUUUCCACCUGUGCUUCUCACCUCACCGUUUUCAUCAUUUACUUUGGAAACGGAUUCCUUAACUAUAAUCAUCCAGGCACGGGUUAUUCCUUAGAGACUGACACUCUGGUCUCCACCAUGUACUGCAUUAUCACCCCAAUGCUGAACCCCCUCAUCUACAGCCUCCGGAACAAAGAGGUGAAGAGUGCUCUGAAGAAGGUUCUGGAAAGUCAGAGGAAGGUCUACAAAGGGUCUCACAAACAGUAA